AUAAGCGCUGUGCGCACUCGGCGCCUGAUAUGACGUUACCGCCGCUGCAGAGCUACGGAAUUUCGGCCGAGCUUCUGCUGUUGCUGCGCGUUUUCCUGCCGCGACGCUUCCACGUGAUAACGAGACAUUUGGAUAAUGGGACAGUGCCUCGCUGAAAUAAUACUUUAUCGUCAAAUUUUCAAUUUACCUGAAAGGAAACUUCAAUUUAAUGAAAUGACUUUGCGAGAGGGAGUGGGGCAAGAAGAAAAAAAAAGGACGUUACAUCAGUGCAGUCAGUUUUCGAGUGACACGAUAAUCAACCCCGAAAAAAAAGAGAGCUAUGAUCGAGGUACAGUGAACGAGAAUCCAAAGAAUAAAAGUAUGCUGUAGGGAUCGAAAGCGUCGUGACAGCUACGAUUUUCAAAGUCAACUCAUCUCCGAUAUUAACAGAACAAGAGGAAAACAAGUUGCAUGCCUCCUUUGUGACUACAGACAGUUGAUGAAAAUAAAGACGAUUAUAUCAGGCGUAAUUUUCCGGGCGACCAGCGCAGCUAAAAAGCUUCGAGCAUGCCUUCUGGGCGGGGAAAAUCAAUAAGGAAGCGGCGCCGUUCAAAAGUCCGUCUCGCGCGCUCUCUUUGACGGAGAAAAAAGCUGCAUGAGCGCUAUCAACAACUAAAACUUCGAUGUAGUCGGAGUCACGCAGCUGCACGAAACAAAGUGAAAGCGUCCAGGCUGCUGUCAAUUUUUAGGUUAUUUUUGAAAGUUUGCUCAGAGCGAAAGAUAACAAUAUGGAAAAGCAUUGCGAGAACUAUAAAUGAAGAGAAGUCAAAAGGAGAAUUGAGAACCCUAGCUAUGAAUGUUCGAGCAGUGGAACAGAUGUGCUGAUGAAAAAAUGUCUAGAAAAUUUGCGUCAACUUCUUGACAGUUGAAGCAAUCAACCACAAUGAGUUUGAAAAAGUUAAGAUUAAUGUGGCUGACACCACUGAUAUUACUGUUGUUACUUAACCACGUUAGUACAACACAUAUCAGUGGUACUUUCAACACCAAAGAUUUCUUCAAGUUCCUCAUUAAAUUUGGCUUUCAAAAGACAGAUCAACAUAGGCAGAAAGAAACUUAUGGCUAUAUUUUUGGAAAUAUUACAGGAAAAACAAACUUUUCACAAAAUAUAACUCUAGCUGUCUUGGAUCGCAGUCAUUUUCUUGAGUAUUAUGGGAAUCGAACAAUUAUAAAUAAGAACAUUGCAUGUGCCAUGAUGUUUAAUACGCUUAAUCAGAGUUCAUACGACUCAAAAUGCAACGAUGAAGGUCAAGAUUAUUUGAGGAGAGUACCUUGUCCAAAAGGAAAGUUAUGCCCAGAUGAAAAUGUAUCUUGGAAUGUGAUUAGUGGAAAUCAAUUUACAUAUACAAUUCAAAAUACUUGGCAACCACGAUUUUGGUACAUUAGUUUAGUGUCUUGCUAUAGAAAUAGUACAACUUGUAGGUGGGAAUAUUAUGAUAAGCAAGAUGAGUUGGAAUAUAAUGUGUGGCUUGUUAAUGGAAAUCCCAAUAAUAGUGCUUUAAAUGUUCUGACUUAUCAGUUUUCUUAUGAUAGACAGAAUACAAUUGAACUUUAUUUGUUGUUUUUUGUGUGCUAUCUCAUCCUAGUACCUAUACAAUUCUAUGCUGUGCGCUUACAAAAGCACCCUGUCACAAGACUUUUCACAGCAAGUUUACUUCUAGAAUUCAUGGGUCUUUGUUUAAUCUUAACUCAUGUUCUUAAAUUUGCCCUUGAUGGUGUUGGUUAUGUACAAUUGGAAGUUGCUGGUGAUAUCUUUGAUAUUUUAUCUAGGACUUCAUUUAUGUUAUUGUUACUUUUACUAGCCAAAGGUUGGGCUGUAACUAGACAGGAAUUAUCUUGGAAGCCUUUGGUAUUUGCAAUAUGGCUUUGUUAUGGAGUAGUCCAUAUACUACUAUAUGUUUGGAAUAUGAUGGAAGUAGAUAUAAUAGAAGAUAUUGAUGAAUAUCAAACGUGGCCAGGAUGGUUUAUACUUUUCUUCAGAAGUAUCAUCAUGAUUUGGUUCUUAUAUGAACUUCGAAACACUAUGAUGUAUGAGCACAAUACUCAAAAACUUAAUUUCUUACUUCAUUUUGGUGCAUCGUCGUUGGUAUGGUUUAUUUACCUGCCAGUCAUAGCCCUUAUAGCUCUUCAAGUUAGUGCAUUAUGGAGAUUUAAACUUUUAUUAGGUAUUACUUACUCAGUAGAUUGUUUCGCUUAUUGUGUGAUGGCUCAUCUACUUUGGCCAACACGUAGUGAGCAGUACUUUCUUCUUGCCCAGGGAGCUGAUAAUGGUGAUGAACUCGACGAGUUCAAUGAAGCGCCCCAUGUAUUGAACAAUUACGUCGAACCAGAGCUCCGAAAAGUGAUAGCAUAAAUUCUUUUAAGAAUGUACAUAAGAGUCACUUGUUAAGGAUUGAGCUCGUCAACAUAGACAAUUUUAUAUUUUUUCCGUCCUAAAUGUAAAUUUUUUAACUUGCUUUACUUUUAAUUCUUUCAAUUUGGAUGAUAAUUUACAAAAUAAUUGAAAUCUAAUUCAUUUUUCAUAUUUUUUUAUGUAAAGUUUAUAUGAGUUUGUUGAAUAAGGUUUAUAAGUAUAAUUAUUGACAUACCGUUUUGUGAUGAAAAUUUUACAUUUGACUGUGGCGAAAAACUUUUAUAUAUUCUAUAGUCUACUAAAAAUGUAAAGUUAAAAUCCAUCUUAGAAAAUAAGCUAAAAAAAUGCUAAAUUCUCGACAGUUUAUUCAACUUUUAUCUUUACAAUUUAAGAACUUAAUCAAUCAAGUAGGACAGUAAUAUGUAAAAGAUAUGCGUAUCUUUGCGUCAAACUUCAUAUGACAAUGGAAAUAAUUAUAAAGCAAGAGAAAAGAAUGGAUAAUGAAAAUUCAAAAUGGAAUAUAACUAUGCAACGAUGACGUAAUGUAUAUUUGCCAAAAGUAUGGGUAUUAUUCUCAAGUAAGGUGUAAGAUAUGCUUUAUGCUUCUUGAGACUGAUGAGAUUUCUACUAUCCUUUGAUAUCAAUUUCUAUUAGACAAAUAUACAAUUAAACAAACUCGAAACGACUCACGAUAUAAUUUUGGCAAAAUGAUUAAAGUAUUCGAAAGUACUAUCCAUUCCAAUUGCUUAUAGAUUUUCACGUUGGAGACCGAAAUUGUAAAUAUUUUUAUUUUAUUCAACAAUUGUUACUCACGCAAAUUGACUUACGAAUUUCUAGCGUCAAAUUGCGCUUAUAUAGAAACAUCUUAUCUCAAAGGAAGAAUCGAUCGUUCUCUGAUUUUUACUGUUGAAUAUUUAAUCUGGCAUUUUUUAUUUCGUAUAUUUUUGUAAUUUUCCAUUAUAAAUAUUUUUUUUAUCUAAUAUUAAAUAAGUUUGUAAUAAUUAUUAGCACAAAAGUAGUUUUAUUAUUUUAAGGAAUAAUUAACGUUCUGAAUAACCAUAAAAUGCAUUCAAUUUAUGACCAAAUCUUCAGAAAAAGCAAAUCGGUAUACGAAGCUAAACUAAUAAUACACUGUUCAUAAUUACAAAAGCCACAUUUUGUGGUUUUCUGAAAAAAUUUUACACCAAAGAAAUUGUUAAUUCAACAGUAAUGAUUGUCAAUUUAAUAGCUAUAAUUAUCAUAGAAAUAUUUUAUUUUGUAAUAUGUGAUAAUGGCGUUAGAAUUCAUAAUUUAGAAUUGUUGCUUAUAGCGUAAUUAUUUUUACAUUGUGUAUGUCGAAGCAUGUAUCUUGUCUACGUAUUUAAAGUAGUUUUGAAAGACAAAAAUGAACAAUUCUAGUUUAUUCAUAUGUGGAAAUUGAAAAGUCUAUCAUUCAAACAGAACUUUAAUUAUAGUAUUGUGUGGCUUUUAAACUACAUUGUAAAUAUAUCAAGAUCAUUGAUUAAAAGUUUCAGUAUUUAAAUUGACAAAAAAAUGUAUGUAAACUUUAAAUUUAGGAUUUCAAAAUCAAUUUUCAGAUUAAUUGUAAUUCAAACACAAUUAAUUUAAAAAGAAAAAGUAAUACUGUUACGUCAAUUUCAAUUUAUAAGAAUCAACAUUUUCGAUAAUAUUUGGUUGAGAACAAUAGUUGAAAAGAAAGUAAUUUAUAAAAGAUAUUUUGAGCAUUUUUCAAAUUAAAGCUGAAUUAUGUCAGUCUUGUACUGAUUUUAGUUACACUAUAUAGAUAAUAGUAUUUUAAUAUAAAGUAGAACAUUUUUCAUAAAAAUGCUAUUUAAAAUCAUAAUCUUUUAUGAACAUUGCUUGUAGAUUCUAUAUCACAGUAAUUAUCAUAUAGCAGGUGAAAUCGUAUAUUAUUUAAAAAAAUGUAAUUUACUGAAAUUUUAUGAAAACAUUUAAUUUAUAAAAUUUUCUACUUCACAAUAAAUUUAAGAAUUCAAGCAUAUUAAACAGAUAGAAACAUUUGUACACGACAUAUUCUUUCAAAUUUAUAUUAAACAGAUGACAUUUUUUCAAACUUUACAGAAUAACAAAUAUUUAAAUAGAAAACAUGUUAUUAAGAAAUAUGCUGUGAUUAGAGUUUUAACAAAAUUUUAUUUAUUUUUUACAUACAUAACUUUUAUGAAAGAGAUAAAUAGUAAACAAAUAUAUACUGAAGAGAAUACAAAAUAAUAUUUUGUCUCAACCAACAAAAAUAUCUACAUGCACAAGUAGUAAAUAAGUUCACAAUAUCUGAAAACUAUUUAUCUCUUUUGAGUAUCUAUAUA